CCGUCUUCACAAGCCUCGUUUUAAACCGGAUGUAAGAGUAGCGGCGGCAUCUACUUACCGCGCUCGCUAUUGCUAGGCGACGGGCUUUUUGCGUGACCCGAUUCGAGCUCCAUCCAGGGUCGCCUCGUCAUUGUAGCAGCUCCCUCUCCACUCACAUCCUCCUCGACAGCCCUCUUCUUCUCCCUCUCCUCUGCAUCCCUCCACACAUAUUCCAGGUAGCCAGACGACCUAGAAAAUGUCUUACGCGGGGAACCCGUUGGUGAUAUUAGUCGGAGUCUUGAUGCUGCAUUCGGGCUCCGCUCAGAACGAACCAUCGAUUGAGUCAACGGAUCACAUGAUUCUACCCAUUGGUUACCACAUCCCACCAAUCACGCUUCAGUGCAACCUAACAGCUUCUCAAAGCAUCCACCGUGAGAGCUAUUGGAUGAAGAACGGGGAGGAGAUCUCUGACACCAGGAGUGAAAACAAAAACACAGAAUACAAACUUAUGAAACCAAGGCCAGAGGAUUCGGGCGAGUAUAUGUGUGUGUACACAUUCGAUACGGCCCCUUCAGCAAAUGCCACCAUUGAGGUAAAAGCUGCACCAGACAUCACAGGGCACAAGCGCAGCGAGAAUAAGAAUGAGGGUGAAAAAGCUGUCCUCUACUGCAAAUCCGUGGGUUAUCCUUAUCCCAUGUGGACCUGGCGUAAACUUGAUAACGGCGUCGGUGUGGAUAUUGACAACUCCUCUGGCCGCUUCUUCACCAGCAGCAAGGACGGUUACUCCGAGCUGUCCAUCAUCAACCUAGACAUCAUCUCCGACCCCGGAGAGUACGAGUGCAACGCCACCAACAUCAUCGGCACCAACUCCAUGACAUCGGUUCUGCGCGUCAGGAGCCACCUGGCCCCCCUGUGGCCCCUCCUGGGGGUCCUCGCUGAGAUCAUCAUCCUGGUGCUGAUCAUCGUCAUCUACGAGAAGCGCAAGAAGCCUGAUGAUGUUCCUGACGAUGACGAACCAGCUGGGCCAAUGAAAACUAAUUCCACCAACAACCACAAAGAUAAAAACCUACGUCAGAGAAAUACAAAUUGAUUUCAUCAUUAUAA